AAGGUAGAUAAAAAAACUGAAUUCUAUUCUCAACAUCUAGCCUUCUCUUCCCCUAAGGAAAAAAUGGCAACCUCACAGUUGAACUCAAAAUCCCAUUUCCAUGCUCGUUCAAACAGCUUACCCUCUAGACCACACCCACUUAUCCUACAAUGCAAUGAGCACUUGGACAGGUUAAAGGCUUCCCAUGAAACUUCUUCUUCCUCUUCAACCCUUAGCCAAAAGCUAGGAGGUUUGCAAGAUCUACAUGAAUGUGUAGAAAAUUUGUUUCAGCUUCCCCUCACUCAAGAAGCACUUCACCGUGAGAGUCAAGAAAACUGGGUGGAUGAGCUUCUGAAUGGAUCCUUAAGGCUCUUAGAUGUGUGCACAACCGCCAAAGACUCUCUACUGCACACAAAAGAGUGCAUGAGAGAACUUCAAUCGAUUAUGAGAAGGAGAAAGGGGGGUGAAGUAGAGCUCAGAUCAGAGAUUAAGAAGUUCUUGACUUCAAGAAAGGUGGUCAAAAAGGCCAUCUCAAAAGCCUUGGCAAAUUUGAAGGGUACCCCAAGAAAAUGCAGCAUGUCAUCACCUGCAAACAAAGAUAAUCAAACAGUAGCUUUGGUAAAUUUAAUGGAGAACGUGGAAGUGGUCACUCUAUCAGCAUUUCAGACGCUACUUCAUUUGAUCUCAGGGAGUGCACAAUCAAAGUCAAGCAGCUGGAGUUUGGUUUCCAAGCUAAUGCAGACGAAGCAAGUAGGGUGCUCAAAGUUGGCAGAUGAAUGUGAAUUUGCUCAACUUGAUGAAGCAUUGCAAUCCUGCAUGUUUUCCCAUACAAGUAAAUUUGAUAACAUUAGUAGACUGCAAAACCAGUUGGAGAAAGUGGAGUCGCUUGUUCAAGAUCUUGAAGAAGGUUUUGAAUUUCUGUUUAGGCGUUUGAUAAAGACCAGAGUUUCCCUUCUUAACAUCCUCAAUCACUAGUUAAGAUCAUUGGGGUAUCAACUUUUGUAAUAUAUAUAUACAGAGAGAUAAAUUGAAACAUUUUAAUCAGAUUUU